CUGUGAGUGAAGCCAUGGUAGGGGAAAUUAAAUCGACUGAAGCGUUCGCAGUGGUUACUUUCGGUAUUACGGGGGGCUAUUAUUACUAAAAUUGUAAGCAAGUACACGUGAGAGUAUUUAUUUUGUUUUAAUUUAAAUCAAUUAAAAAAAAAUGAGACACCAAAGUUGUUGUGUCGUAAAUUGUAAAAAUACCAGCAGAAAAAGUGAGUGCAAGUUUUAUAAAUUUCCGACUGCUCAAUGGAAAAAAAAUCAACGGAAUCAGUGGAUAGCUGCAGUUAAAAGGCUGAACGCUGACGGAUCACAGUGGGUUCCCAAGCCAUGUGAUUGUAUUUGUAGUGAUCAUUUUAUUGGAGGUAAGAAAUCAGAAGAGGAGCUAAGUCCUAGCUACAUUCCAACUAUAUUUCCUUCAAUUUACAAGUGCUCAAAAGUAAAUGAAUCCUCUGCGUUAAACAGAUAUAAACGCGUAAUGAAUCGGCGCAUGAAAGCACAAUUACCUUCAACAUCAAAUGCUGAGUCCAAUGUUAUAGAAUCGGUAGAAGUGAUGACUGAAAAUCCUCCAGUAGUGUCUUCAAAAGUAGACCAAGAGUGUCAAAUUGAUUUUUAUUCGAACUCUGAUAUCAAUUCUCAAACAUUUACUUGCAAUCGUUAUGUCAAAGACGAUUUAUGUCAUGCUGAAACUCAGACAGAAAUUGUUGAAGAUACUAGGGCGAUUAAAAUUCAUAUUGGUAAUAAAAAAUUUGUAGAUAAAGAAUGUGGUACUCCUAAAAAAACCUUUGUUGAUAAAGAAAGUCAAGCAAACAGUAAACAUUUCAAUGGAUUCACAUCGGUGACAAAGGAUCAAGAAAUCAUUGAUCUGGCAGGGGUUUCAUUCGAAAAUUUUGAUUUCUUGUUGACAAGAAUGUCUACACGAAAAAAGUACAUUGUAUCGAAAAAAGAUCGACUAUUAAUUUUUUUAAUGAAAAUGAAAACUGGAUUGACAUUUUCAGCACUUGGUGUACUGUUUAGUAUUCACAGAACAACAAUUUCUACAAUUUUUUAUGAAACUUUGCAACUACUAGCUAGUGCAACCAGAAAUUUAGUAUUUUGGCCAGAUAUUGACGCUGUACAAGAAACUAUGCCUGACUGCUUUCUACCUGAUUACAGUAACACCAGAGUUAUAAUUGAUUGUACAGAAUUUCGAAUUGAUAUCCCUAAAAGUGUCGACAAUCGUGUUUUUACAUACUCCCAAUACAAAAAAAAACUUCACGGCUAAAGUUCUUAUUGGAAUAACUCCUGGAGGUUUUAUUUCCUUAAGAUCUGACGUAGCCGGAGGACGGAAAUCGGAUUCUCAACUUACAAUAGAGUCUGGGCUGUUAGAUCUAUUAGAAGAUGGUGACAUUGUUUUGGCUGACAAAGGUUUUCCAGAAAUAAAAACAGUGAUUGACGCAAGUGGUAAAAAAGUACAAAUGGUUAUGCCGCCUUUUCUUGAAAAAAAAAAUGAAUUUUCAGCCAUAGAAACUCAACAAACAUACAGUGUAGCAAGAGUUAGGAUUCACGUUGAAAGAAUCAUGCAACGAUUACGGACUUAUCAAAUAUUGCAUAAAAUUCCUCAACACUUGUUUCAUUGCAUAGACGAUAUUGUGCACAUUUGUUGUGUUUUGGUAAAUUUACAGCCUCCAAUUAU